AUGAUAACAAUAGCUAGGUGUCAGCUGCGUGGGGCCAAGUUCCCCACCAACGCACGCUUUCCUGCUAGCCGACGUCAAGCAUGGCCAACGACAAGAAGAGCAGUAGCAGCAGCAGCGGCAGGGCGAGACUUUCCAGGCCACGAUCACGGCCAACCUCCAUUCGAUAAGAUCUUGAUCGCGAACCGAGGCGAGAUCGCUUGCAGAGUCAUGGCGACCGCGCGAAGGAUGGGCGUGCGGACGGUAGCUGUUUUCAGCGAUGCGGACGACCAGGCCCCUCACGUGCGGAUGGCCGGCGAAGCUGUCUGCAUCGGGCCGCCAGAGGCGCUCAAGAGCUACCUGGACGCAGAUAAGAUCUUGGAUGCCGCCCUCAGGACGGGUGCUCAGGCCAUCCACCCUGGAUAUGGUUUUCUGAGUGAAAACGCCUCUUUCGCGGAGGCCUGCGAGCAAGCCGGCAUCGCUUUCGUGGGGCCGCCUUCGGGCGCUAUCGAGAGCAUGGGGGACAAGAUCGAGUCCAAAAAGAUCGCGGCGGAAGCGGGGGUGCACACCAUCCCGGGGUUCAAGGGCAUCAUCGAGUCCGGCGAUGAGGCGGUGAGGAUAGCGGAGGAGAUCGGGUACCCGGUCAUGAUCAAGGCAAGCGCCGGCGGUGGCGGGAAGGGGAUGAGGAUCGCGUACGAUGCCGAGGAUGCGAGGAGCGGUUUCGAGAGGUCCACGGCCGAAGCAAUCAGCAGCUUCGGCGAUGGCCGAAUGCUCGUCGAGAAGUACAUCGAGGACGGCCACCACAUCGAGAUACAGGUGUUGGCCGAUUCUCACGGCAACGUAGCGGCAUUUCCCGAGCGCGAGUGUUCCGUACAGCGGCGGAACCAGAAGGUCCUCGAGGAGUCUCCGAGCUGCCUCAUCACGCCUGAGGUGCGAGCGGCCAUGCAGGAGCAGGCGAUCAUGCUCUCCAAGGCGACGGGGUACAGGUCAGCUGGCACGGUGGAGAUGAUCUGCGCGAGUGACCUGUCGUUCUACUUCUUGGAGAUGAACACCAGGCUGCAGGUGGAACACCCCGUCACAGAGUGCGUCACGGACGUCGACCUCGUCGAGCAGAUGCUGAACAUUGCGGCCGGUCGACCAAUGAGCGAUCACCUCAUCAAGCAGCCCCACGUCCCGUUCUACCGACACGCCAUCGAGGCGCGCGUGUACGCCGAAGACCCGUUCCGCAAGUUCCUCCCGUCCACCGGGCCUCUCGUGACCUACCGAGAACCGAGGGUCACGGCGGACGGGGAUGGAGGCGAUGCUGAGGGGGGGGGUGGCGGGGCGGAUGGCGUGAGGGUGGAUUCCGGCGUGGUGGAAGGGUCGGAGGUGUCGAUGUUUUACGACCCGAUGAUCAGCAAGCUUAUCGCGUACGGGGAGACCAGGGAGGUCGCCCUCGGACGUUUGGGCUCGGCGCUUGACGAGUACGUGAUCCAGGGACUGGGGCACAACGUUCCUUUCCUCAGAGACGUCGUUCGGAACAAAGACUUCGCCGAUGGGGAGUACAGCACGUCCUUUAUCGACAAGCACUACCCCGAAGGGUUCACGGGCGUCGUGCUGUCGGGUGACGAGGAGGUGAAGCUAGCGGCCGUGGCGGCCGCGGUGCGGUGGGUCUGCCGAGACGUGGAGGCGUCGGUCGGACCGAGUCCUGACGUCACCAGACCUCUUGAGGAGUGCAUGGUGACUCUCGGUGGGUACGGCGGUCGAGUUUUCAAGGCUUACGGUGGACGAGCUGGCGUGGAAUGUUGGGUUUCCGUUGAUCAAGGUUACCGUUGACGGCACGCCGCAGGUGCUGCAGUACCUCGGAGCCAGUGGAGAGGGGUACAACUUGGUCAUGGCAGGCUCGCACCAA